CAUUGAUUGGCUCUCGAACCCUUCUUGACAAUUUGAUUGAUUACUCACCUGACCUUGCCCUACAAAGAAUUUUCUGGUUGUUUUAGCGUGGAAUGAUGACGUUUCAAUCACUGACUCUUUGCAGCAAUCUUCUAUCACCUAUCUAUAAAAGACGAUCGAAGUGAUCUUCAAAUCAGUUUACUAACAGCAAUUCAAACAUUCAAAAUGAUGGAUACAAACAUUGCCAAAAAUGUCAAGAACCAUAUCAAAGAUGGAAUCCUCACCUCCGGAUUAUCAAUCCCGACAUAUUCGGACCCUGUUCGAGGAUCAAUUUAUCAAGAAGUCAACAGGGCUAUGGAGAAAAUUCUCGAUGAUGACACGGAUUGGGUCGUGCUUCAUAACGUCUUAACCGGCGAAAAGUUAACUGCAACGGAUGCUUUAAACUACGGAAAACGAUUUGGCGCCUUUUUCGAACAGCAUGGGUUCAAGAGGGGACACGUGGUACAUUUAAUCUUGGGUAACGAGAAUUUGACUUUUCCCAUUUGCUUUGGAGCCUGGAUUCUGGGUGGAUGCGUCAGUACAGGCGAUGUCAAUUUGGAACCAAGAUCUUUGGCUGCGCAGCUCAAUACUCUGUCCACCAGAUUUUUGAUAUGUAAUUCUGAGACAAAACAGUUAGCAAUGGAAGCCUUAAAAUUGGCUGACAGACCUCAAGAUGUGCAAACGUUCUGUUUGGGACCCAACGAUGUGUUUGAAGACCUUUUGGACCACAUGAAGAAUAUCGAUCCAAUUCAAUGUCCGGAUCCAGUAGAUGUGGAUACCGAAAGUGAUGUCCCUCUCGUAUUUUGGUCUUCGGGAACCACGGGACACCCCAAAGCCAUUUGCCACACUCAUUUUUCGGCACUUCGCAUGGGCGGUGUGACCUUUAAUUUCAUGGAACCUAAAAUGAGCUUGGUGAUCUCAACGUGCUUCUUUCAUGGGGGUGGUUUCAUAGCUGCAUUGUUCUCUUUCAUGCGGCAUCAGUGUUGCCAUCAUAUGUUUGGACCUGAUUUUAAAUUGGAGCAUCUUCUCAACGCCAUCAUUAGCGCCAAACCAAAAUCAAUCACCAUUGGAACUCAUCAUUACGUACAAUUAGCAGAAUCUGAGCUCUUAGCAAAUACAAAUCCAGAAGAUUUGGCAUCUUUGGAAUACAUCGCUCCAGCCGGAGCGGCUGUCCCCUCCUCGUGCGAGGAGUCAUACCGUCAGAAAUGUCCCAAUCUAAAGGGCGUUUUGAACAUCUACGGACAAACUGAAGGAGGACUGUUGACCUUAGGCCUCUCUACCGCAACCCUAGGCUCUAUUCUUCCAGGGAUUAGCGUGAAGGUGGAAAAUGUAGCGACAGGUGAGCGAUGUGGACCCAAUGAAGAGGGAGAGUUUUGUUACAAAACACCUGUGGUCAUGAAAGGCUACCACAACCGACCCAAGGAUAAUGCGGCAUUUUUCGAUCACGAAGGUUAUGCUCAUUCUGGAGACUUGGUGUUUUAUACUCCGGACGGUGCUCUCCAUUAUGUGGAUCGCCUUAAAGAAAUCAUGAAAUACAAGAACAACCACGUGGCACCCACUGAGUUGGAGGGAAUCUUGCAAAGACAUCCAGCAGUGCAAGAGUGUUUGAUAUUUGGCAAGCCUGACCCUGAAGUUCAAGAAUUGAUAUCAGCCGUGGUUGUGGUAAAACCUGGCCAUCAGGUCACCGGGGAUGAGCUUCGAAACUUUGUGAACAAAGAUGUCACCGACUAUAAGAAAAUACGUGGGGAUGUCCUUUUCCGAGAUGACAUUCCUCGAAAUUCUGUCGGGAAACUCAUUCGCCGUGAGAUGCGUGAAUGGGCUCGACAUCAAGCGAAAUGCAAGGGCAUCAACGCCCAAAGUUCCUUAACGGAAACCCAGGCCCAAAAUUAUUUUACCUAUUCACAAGAUGCCGAUCGGUAGUGGUGUUUCCUGAAUGAACGCACUCAGUUCUUAAUCAAGUGGCAUAAGAUGAAGAAUUGAUCCCUAGUGGAAUCAAGAAUUACAAAAGAUACCAAAAAUGUAGCCAAAGACACAAAUAAAAAUUGACUUUCCACACAAACCAGA